UGAGGAAGUGUCUGGCUCAGGAGGACCGGACCUGGAGAUGUAGCUGCUGCUGCUGCACGAUCCGGUGAAACACCACCACCACCGCCACCACCGCCGCUUCCAGCAGCCUCCCCAGCCGGCUAGGCAGCUACACAACAGGCACAUUUGACAAUGCGAUGGGUAACUGCUGGGCUUACUGUGUCGGGCUGUUCAGGAGGGAGGCCAACAGGAUCCAGAGAGGGGGCGGAUCAAAAUAUUUCCGAAGCAGUACCACGGGGGAGCAUUAUACAAUAGAGUUUGAAAACCUGGUAGAGAGUGAUGAGGCAGAGAGUCCACAGGCCUGCCCCAGACCCAUCAGUGAAGAUGAGAUCAAGCACCUCAAAGAGCACCGUUACGCUGCCAUCUCAGACAAGCAGGUCCUGAUAGACCAAAAGCUUCAAAAGGAGUUAGAGGCACAAGAGGAGAAGUUAAGGCUAGAAGAGGAGGCUAGAAAUGCCGCCCAGCGCGAGGCCGCCAGGCUGGCGCGCGAACGAAAAGUGAAGGAGCUGUCUGCCCAGAAGAAACGUGGGAAAGCAGACGGCUCCGGUGGUGAAACCCAGCAAAAAAAACAAACUCCUGGGGAGGAUUUUGACGUCUACCUCCAGAAUGUUAAAGCCCAGUCCGAGGCUUUCAGGAGCAACCCUGUCUGUCCGUCAUCAGGACUUCCCUCGGACACCAACGUGGUGACUCCCAACACGGAGUGCAGCUGGGAUUUCACCACCAAGACCCGCUCCACCAACGACGACGGGACCUCACUGGACCUGGAGUGGGAGGAUGAGGAAGGAAUGAAUCGUGCACUUCCAGUCUGGGAGAGGUCUCGGACGGAGGAGGACAUCUUGCGUGCGGCCCUGCGGCCGGGCAGCAAGCAGAUGACCAGCGGGCCGACCUCGGCCUCCGAGGACUCCAACGCGCUGGAGUGGGAGAAUGAUUUUGUGAGUAACCACCCUGAGGACAAUGCAGACGCGGAAUUUGAAGGGUUUGUCAAUCCCGUCCUAGACACUCCCUCUGAGGACGCCUCGGACUGUGGCCUCAGGUCGGACAGCCAGGACAGAUAGUGUCCACCACCAAAGGAGACGUUUGUCGCACACCCUCUUCACGUUAAAGCUCACCAGCUUUUUUGCCUCGUCAGACGGAAAUGUACCUACAUGUUCUUCAUACUCUGUCAUGAGACUGUGUGGGAAUGUGUAUCUCUCAUGUUUUCAUGUGCUCGUUUUUUCAGUGCCUUCAUUUGCUAAAUUUGCCGACCAUUUUAUGCAUUGAUGAACUGAUGAAUUGCAUCCAGUAGCAUCUCACACAUUGAACCUAGUGGUGAGCUUGAGUAUUACAACCAAUUUUUCUCACUUUACCUCCCCCAAACCUAGGUGGCCAUAUUAUGUCAGUGACUUCCUUCAGAUCAAUGACAUUGUCUCUGGCCAUGUUGAUGCAAACAAUAAAUCCUUAAUGGGUUAAAGAUUAUCUCAUAACCUGAAAUUACAAAAAAAUGUCUGAAAAUGUGUUAGAAAAACGCUGUUAUCAGACUCACUUCUCAUCAGAGCAUGAGUCUGGUGACAUAUUUGGGGGCGUGUUUCAACUGAUACAGAGAAAGAAAUAGCUCUGCACACAACUGGAUAUUCUUAUAUUUUCACACUGUGAACACACAUUUGACUUUUCAGACUUUCAAAACAUCAUGCAGAUUUUAAAACUUGGCUUCAGACAUCAACAGAGUCCAUGGCUUGUCCUUCUUCUUGAUUUCACAUAUUUCAUAUAUAAAGAUUAACAGCUCCCAUCAAAUUUUUUAUUUAUUUAUUUUUUUUAAAUACAACAAUAACUGAUUAGCCUUUAGCACAAACCACAAAUCCCUUUUCUUUUUUUCUUCCCAAUUUGUGCUGUCAAGCCACCUUGGGUUGGGAACAAACCCUCAAAAGCACAAAAAACACAGAAACCAAUCUGUCUCUUGCCCGAUAAGGUCGUCACUAGAGCCUUUUUAUGGUUUUUCCAUUCAGCUCUUAUGUAAAAACACAGCAGUGCAACAUGGUGGGCCUCAGGGAAGAGGACCUUCUCCCGCUGUAGAUAUGAAGAGCUCAUUCAAAGUCACAACAAUUCAUGGUUACUGCACUUACGGAGACAUAUUCUGCUAAUUGACCUUUCUAAAUCCUACACACUGGUUUAUUUUCUUAACCCCAACAGGGAUGUUUGUUCCCUGUAUUUGAGCUAUCAUUUUUAGCAGCAGCUAACAGGCUAACGGGAGCAGGACCUGGGGACCAAAUACAGUUCAAGGGCCAAGGUGACUCACACAGUGGCAACGGCAGGAGCAUUCCUGCAUGUCUUUUGUUGGGGUGGGAGGAAACCCUCAAAAGCACAAAAACACCCAAACCACUCUGUCUCUCGCCUUUUCUUUGUCCUUUGAUUUUACUUUAAAUCUGAAAUUUGGGUCAUCAUCAUCACACGUUCUUUGGAUUGGCAGAUUUAUUACACAAAACUUCCUCUCAUGUCCUACUUGUGUGUAAUUUCUGAUGCUUUUGUGUCAGUGAGCAUUGAAAAAACUCUGCAUGUCAGACGGCAGCAUUCUCAAACAAGGCAUGCGGUUUACAGUACAUGAUGCAUAUAUCUUAAAAAAAACAAAAGAAAAACACUGCAGUGUAUUACUGACAUUCUCUGAUGUUUUAAUGGAUCAACAAAUUAUUUUAAACCCCAUCCGGACUCAAAAGACUAAUUAAUCUGUAUCUAUAGAAAAUACUGGUGUGGGGUGUGAUUGCUUUAAAAUGCGGGGCAGUAAAAUAAAACAUGUGAAAGAUUAAUCACAGACAAUCUAAAAUAAGUAUCAGUCACUGCUGAUUUCUAGUUUAAGGAGACAAGUCAGUUUAGGAAAUCUAGACCAGGAACAUUUAUAAAUCCUAAUAUGAUCUAAUUGUUGUUACUAUCAAUUAAUGGCAGCAAUAUUUCUGAAAUGAUGAAUCUUUUGAUUGAGCUAGUGCUGCUCACCCAGUCCUCUUGUAGAAGUAGUUCUUCACAUUUGAUUAGUUUGAAUCAGAAGUAGUUUGCUGGUUACACUGCCGUGUGCUCGAUUAGACUCACUGAAAUGAUUCUCUGGUGAAGAAGGUGGAAACUGAUCUGACUUCAUGUCGGCUUGUGCAGACGAGACACUGGUUCAUUUGCAGAGACUUCAUUUCUCAAUAUAUGAAUGUGUAAUUUAAAAAUAGUAUUUUUUUUCCGGACACAUUUUAAUUUUUCUUUUGCUGUGAUCUUUGAUUAAUCACUGUAUAUUUCUGUAAAAAAUGGUAAAGGACAAUAUUCUUUGUCACACUGAGGUUAAUAAUGAUAAUAAAAAAAAAGUACAGAAAGAAGUCGCAGACACA